CCCGCGUCACCACCAUCAUCGUCUUCGGCCUUUUCCCACAAUGGCACUGGGCCCAUACACCAACCUUCGCGUCGCGCGCCACGACCGCAUCUUCGUUAUUACGCUCGCCAAAGCGCCUGAAAACCGGAUCAAUGUUGCUUUCGCCCAGGAAAUCAUACGAGCGCUGCGCGACAUUGAGCGGGAACUGGGCCCCGACUCGGAGGGUUGCGUGAUCACACGAGGCGCAGAUGAAAAGUUCUGGUGCACCGGGCUCGACCUCGACGAAAACGAUGCGAAUCCUUUUGCCAAUAGCGAUGGCUUCUUUCCGCUGUUGGCCACGCUGCUCGACUAUCCCUUUCCGACCAUCGCGCUGAUCACGGGACAUACGUUUGGCGGCGCGUGUCCGCUUGCUCUGGCGCACGAUUACCGCAUCAUGAAUGCGCGGCGGGGAUUCUUCUCCAUGCCACCUGUCAAUCUUGGAUUGCAUUUCCCGGGCAUUGGGUUCCUUCCCCGACUGAAGCUGAGCCCGCAGGUUGCGCGCAGCAUGCUGCUUGAGGCGCAUCGAUGGACGGGCAAGGAAGCAUACCAAGACGGCAUUGUGGAUGAGAUUGCAGAGCCAAAGGAGAUGCUUGAGGUUGCGCUGAGAAAGGCUAGAGAGGUUCAGGGCAAGGCAAAGAUGGGCGUGUAUAGUUUGCUGAGGAAUGAACUGUGGGGUGAGGCUGCUGAGAAGAUACGAAGCAUCUGCUAUGUCCAUGGGAAAAGAGUGGUUGGGCCCGCCAAGGCCAAGAUCUAA